UACUUCAGGCGGGCAUUUCCGGCGUCAUCUGACGUAUGUUUAAGUUUGGCUUAAGGUUAUUACCGUAAUGAGCCAGAUAUGCUAGAUUAUCAUCAAAUCUUCUUGCCCCGCAUCAGUCCCCGUGUCCCCACCUUGGUCCCACCGUUUAUAAAGAUCUUCACAAGUACCAGGGUAAACGAGUUGUGAGCCCCCUCAGCUCUUCAACUUGAAGCGACUAUGUCCCAGACGCAGCGAAGGCUGUCUGCUCGUCGAGGAUCUGUCAGUGCAUCAGAUCCAUUUGGACAGCAUGCCACCCUUAAUCAUGAUCCUAAUCGAUCAUCGUCAUCGACUUUGACCAUCGUUCGCGUUCUGGAUCCCAGUACGCAAGCAGGUGUACCACAAGGCACUGGAACCACUUCGAUUCAUCUUUCAGAACCGCCUGCACCAGCGCUUCACCGCCGUUCACUACGUCAUCCUGGAAGUAUAACAUCUUCUUCGACGAAUGCAGAUGGAUCAGCUGGUAGACUCAGCUUUGCAUUUUCAUCUUUCGCUCCCAACUCUUCAGCUUCAGCUUCCUCUUCUAUGUCUGCACCAGCCGUCACUACUACUCCUAGCCGACGGGCCUCUAGCCCGUCUACUUCCCCCCGUCUACGCUCUAGCUCACCGCAGUUCAGCCGGAAAUUAUCUUCGUCAGGUUCUUCCCCAUUUUCUAAACCCAACUUGUCCCCAGAACAACUCGUAGACCUUGCUCGUCAAUCAACUAGCCCUCGUUAUGUCCCUCCGCCUGCAUCUACCCCUAGUACUCCUCAUCUUCCCGCGCUUGCAAGUCCGGGGGGUUCCUCCAGUCCCAUCUCUGGCACAAUGACAGCACCUGCAACAUUCACACCGUUACCCGAGGACAUAUACCUUCCUUUCAUCGACCGCCCCAUUGAAGUGGCCCAAUUACUAUCAACUCAUCCCACGACCAAACUUUUUUCCCUCCUCGCUCAGACAUUUCCGAGGACACAAGGCCCGGAAAAUCUUGAUGAUUCUACAUUCUCUGCUGAUCCUGCGAAAUGGUCCUUCGGGACUUUGCGCCUCUGGCUAACCAUUGUGGAUAGACACACAGCCAGUGACGCCCUCUGGGUGCGCAACGCGCGCAGAUGUGUCCUUUCUCAUUCAGAGCUCAUAUGGGAGCGUCUGAAAGGGGCACUUGGCGUUCCUCCCGAACUCGAGGUCGACGGAGAAUACGACACGGAGAGUGUGAUUAUAGCGGAUGAUCACCCGUCGGAUGUUUCUGUCGCCCCCACUCCAGCGAUGUUGGAUGCGGACGUUGCGGUCGAAGACUCAGGAGAGACAAACACACCUCUCACAUCGUUGCCGCAUAGUGAUGUCCAAUCUUCUCAAAACGACUCUAUGUCCUCAUCCCCGCAAGAGGCUCCCCUCUCCAUCUCAACUCACUUGUUGAUUGAGCCCAUACUCGCAACCCUUGCCUCAAACGCAAACAUUUCUGCUCCUGGUUCAACUAAUCCGCCCCCGCUCAGUCUCCCACCAAACAUGUCACAGUCUGCUUCUCUCGGAAAGGGAGAUGGGCUGCAGGACAUUGGCGAGGAGGCAGAAGACGAGGACUGCGCAGAUACAGAAGCGCCUGAAAGGGACACUCAACCCGUCGAGGAUUCUUCGCAGAUUCAUGGGUUACGCAUCUCCACUUCACCUGUGCCGUCUUCUCCUGCUUUUGCGCCACAAUCAUUUUCACAUCCCACUAGCCCAGUCUUGAAUCCGAACGACUCAGGACGCAACAGCACUGAGCUUAGAUGGUCGUCGGAAUUUACCCUUCCCCUUACUAGGCGCAUUUCUCGUACGAGUUCGCAUGGUUCGGUCAAUAGCCUCGGACGGCCCACGUUUGGCUACAACUACAGCUCAGCUGGUUCUGAUUUCGGAGACAACGAUAACGAGCGCACGUAUGAUCCUGUUGGAGACCGUGGUCCAGGAAACCCGCUCUUCCCCAGCAAUUUCGCACGACUGGCAUUGGGCCCAACAUUGAGCGCCAAUAAUCCUAAUUUGCGUCCCUCACGCUCUUCCACCCAGCCAGCAUAUUCACGCUUUGCUAAGUGGGCGCCAGGUGGGCGCCCUCCUAGUUGGAUCGAUGCUUGGGACCCUGUCAAGCACGAAUAUGCCGCAACCACCGCUAGCGGUAGUAGCAUCGGGGGCGGUGAAUAAGCUGGCAUGGCACCGCAAUGCACGCGCUCUCAAAUUAAAUCCCCUCAUUUCUCGCCGCUCCUAUUUUUUUUUGAUCUUUGACAAUCGUUCAAUCCAUUGUUCUCAUGUCCUCCAGAAGUCGCAGCAAUGAUCAAAAAAUCUCGCAUUUCACUGAUGUACUUCUAAUGUUGUUUCAUUGCUUUCCUCGCUUUGCCCAUUUGCCUCUCAUCUGUAGUCUUCGUAGUCUGAAUUGAAGGGAAGUAUGCAUACUAUGGGUACAAUCAAGGAAUAAUACACGAAUCACGUUGGC